AUGUGCCAGGUUUUAGAUGGCAAGCAUGGCCGCAUUGUGAGGAUACGCGAUGGUGUUGGCGAGGUGGUGGGCGAUGGGUGCUUGGCCCUGGACAUUGGCACUCGCGCCUUGUACAUAGGUGCAGAUGGAUCUAUCUACUUUAUCGAUGAGGGUGGCUCGCGUGUGCAGAGGUACUUCAACGGCAUCACCUCGCCGGUGGCCGGCGGGCCCGAGUCUGGCAGCGGCGCGGCCCAGCUGGAGGACGCAGAGGAUAUCUUUGUCACCAAAGAAGGUGUGCUCUAUGUGUCCGACAGCGGGAACAACCGCAUUCAGAAGUGGCCGCCUGGCUCGAGCGAGGGCAUCACCGUGGCGGGCGGCAAUGGCAAGGGCUCCCGUCUGGAUCAGCUGCAGCACCCGGUGGGCCUUCAUGUCACAGAGGAUGCCACCAUCUACAUUGCUGACUACCAGAACCACCGCGUCAUCAAGUGGAAGGAAGGCUGGUUCCGGGUGGUAGCAUGA